AUGCCUGUGUUGCUCGGCCCAGUUGUGGCUAAUACAUUGGCCGGGGUCAUCCAAGAUCGGGCCAAGCACAAUAAAGGACCUGCAAUAUCAAGGGUUACCCUUGCCGAGGUUACCACAGCCGAACCUCUUCGGACGCCGGAUAAAGGUCUAGGAGGCAUAAAAAACCCAUUCGGGAGAAAGAAAGAAAGCCUCGAUAAGGGCCGUAUUCGAUGA